AUGUUAGGCGUAGAAUUGUUAUCGCUUGUUGUUUCUCUCACUCCCGCUGAAAAGUUGAAUCGCCAGAUCGUCAGAGUCCUGACAUCCUUCUUUUGCGGGAAACUUGACGACAUGGCUACCAUUAAACCUGCGUUGAAUGGACUCGCUACCUUGACUCUACUUCAGUCUUUUUCUCCUGUAGAAGCUGUGGUGACUAUUGAAGCAAUCUUUCGGCACAUCAAAAUGAAAUCCAUCGUUCAAGAUCAAAGAUUUAAAGUGUUUUCUAUCAUCGACUCGGUAAUGGCGUUUCAUAGAGAUGUGUUGAAAAAUAUGGGGAAACAAUUCUUGGACGGUUACAUAAAUCUCGCAGAGGGGGAGAAAGAUCCUCGCAAUCUCAUAGUUGCUUUUGCUAUUGCCCGUGUUAUUUUGAUCGAGUUUGAUAUAUCCGGGCAUGUUGAGUCAAUGUUCAACAUCCUCUUCUGUUAUUUCCCUAUAACUUUCCGACCACCUCCAAAUGAUCGCUAUGGAAUCAGUACAGAUGAUUUGAGAAUGGCUUUAAGAAAUUGCCUCAAUGCAACCCCUGCUUUUGGCCCAUUAGCAAUCCCCGUCUUCUUGGAAAAGGUAUCCGCGGGCUCUAGGGUGACCAAAAAAGAUACCCUUCAAACUAUGGCUGUAUGCCUUCCUGUCUAUGGAUCAGCUUUGGCGCGUGUCUCUGCGCGCAAACUUUGGAAUGCUUUGAAAUUAGAGAUUUUCCAACCUGUAGAUCCUGAGACAGAGCAAGAAGCACUAAAGACAACACAGAUACUUGUCAAAACUAUCUACAUGGAUGAAGAGGAGGCUUUAGAGCAUGAUGAAGAUAUUCAAGGUCUUGCCAGGGAUGCAUGCGAGGAGUGUGUGCAUAUUUUGAAGGAGCCUGAAAAAACUCAGGCCAAACCUGCGAUAAAAAUUCUUUGCACUUUUAUGACGACGACACCGUCUGUUGCUAGAUAUACGAUAUCGCAAGCGGUGCCUCACCUCGUUCGACUUUUUCUCACUCCGGAUGAGGCGUCCACUCGUGAACCCACACUUCUGCUGCUGUCCGAUUUAAUUGCUGCCGCGCGUGACUCAACAAAGAAAUCAUCGUUGGAAGAUGCUGAUCCUCCAUUGCUUCCUUAUAAAGAUGAAGUGCUAGGUGUUUUCAUCGUAGGAUUGAAAUUAAUCACAACGCGCAACGCAGCUUUGUCGGGUCUCAAAGUUAUGGCUACCACCAAAAGGCUACUUUCGGACGAGGAACUAGGCUUUAUCGUGCAUAACGUGAAUGAAAUAAUUCAAGCUGACGGAGAGGAGCUCUACGAAUCAAUUGAAGCUAUAUUGGAGGUAUUAACCAUCAUUAGCGACAUAGCACCACGUCAUGUCGUUGAACAGACUCUUCCGCUUCUCUCCAGCUCCCUUCCUGAUACAGCACCUGCGCGAGAUGACGCAACUGGGCGCGAAAAAUGUUGGCAGACGCUAACCACCCUUUCAAAGCUCUGUAUUCAGACGGAAUUAUUUGAACAAUUGGUCAUCCGCUUGACCACCAAACUUGACCUACUGUGUUUUCCCUCCUCUGAACAAAUGCUUUCGGUUUCGGCAGACCCGGAACCCACGGCUGCUUAUGCUCAUAUGAUAUUGAAAGCAUUGGCUCAAGCCUUGUCUACUAAAGUGAAGGGCAAGCAUCCCGAUAUCGCAAAAUAUCUCGAUCGCCUGGUCCCAAUAAUUUUCAAUGUCUUUGUGUCUUCAGCAUUUUUAUCUGAGGAACAAAUGAUUGUGGCAAAAGAACCGCGUCUUGUACAAGUUGCGGCAGAAAUCAUCAAUUUUGUCGUACAGUCCGUUCCAUCUGAGAAGCAACGUUUUUACUCGGUUGAAUUGUCGAAAGCUAUCAUUGACGGGAAUGUGUCUACUAUUGCUGAAGGUUUCCAAAAAGCGGCAAAAAGCGAGCGCUUCUCAAUAUUCGAUGCCUCUACAACGUCUGCAAAACGUAAUAUACUUGCGUUGCUGUCGGCUGCCGUCAUAUCAUUACACAAAGAGGCCAGGCUAUCUCUAAGAGACGUUAGCGGCUUUUUGGAGAUGUUACUCCGCUGGGUUUUGGAUAUCGCUGACAACGAUAUUCAAAAACUUGCAGCCUUGCAUAUAGUUUCUUCGAUACUAAAUCGCCAGGUUGAAGACUUGUCCGUUUUCUUGAACACAAAGCUCGAUGUGUAUUGGAAUACAGAGAUAGUUAACGAUGCUUCGCCGUUACCGCGGCGCAGAUGGGCAAUCAAGACAUGGAUAUGGAUAACAAAAGCGUUACUCGUUCGGAAACAUCCUCUUGCAAUGAAACUGACAGAACAACUAUAUGAUGCAUUCGACGAUGAGGCUAUCGGAUGGGAUGCUGCCAAGGCUAUAGGGCAAAUCCCUUCUCCAGACACUGUUCUGACCAAGGCCAACCACGCAGAAGUAAAGCUCAUACCCCUAUUAUUACGCGGACUUGACUUGCCCGAUGCAGAGAUCCGAAGCAAUAUCAUUGACACUUUUCUUGCAGCAGCUGAAGGUGAAACACCUGAAAAGAGUCUCGUCGCCGAGCACGGGGUGACGUUGGUAAACGCUAUGCUUAAAAACUGUGUGUCCAACGAUGUAUCAUCUACCCAAGUUCGCAUUUCUGCACUGCGUUAUUUGGCAGUUUUGCCUAGCAUUGUGCGGUAUGAUAUUCUCCACCCACACAAGGCUACUGUACUGCGGGAGCUUGCUAAAGUUCUGGACGACCCUAAACGCGCAGUUCGGAAACAAGCUGUGGAUGCGAGGACAAAUUGGUUCAAAUACAAAGGAUAG